CAAUACAUUAGUAAUAAUAAUCUUUGCGCUAACUUUCAUAUCAUAGAGGAAUUUUGUAAAAUAUCUAGAGCAUGGAACCGCCCAUCGCCCCGGCCAGAGUCGUUAAAGUCCUAGGUCGCGUGGGGGCACGUGGCCUUAUGACUGCGGUGCGUGUGGAGUUGUUAAGGUUUCCGCGCAUUCAAAUGCUCAGAGCCGUUAAAGGUCCUGUUCGGUUGGGUGACAUAAUCAACAUUGAAGAAGCUUUAGAAGAUGUUCGGCGACCAAUGUAAUUUAACAAUUUGUUUA